GAAUGCCGGAAGUCGUUUGGUCGCUGCCGGAAGUCGUUUGGUCGCUACCUGAAGUUGAUUCUGUAUGAAAGAUGUCUUUUGUUCCACCAGUUGAAUGUCUGCUCUGCCUCAUGAUUUAAUUUAAGACACGUCGGGUCAGCCUCGCUGACGAGAGACCUGCUCUAAUUGAGUCAUGCCAGGAUAAAAACAAAGAAAAAAACAGCUCGUAAAAAGACAAGGUGAACUUGAAGCGACAACAUGGCCAUCGCCCACGUGGCCACCGAGUACGUCUUCAGCGACUUCCUCCUGAAGGAUCCCAGCCAGGCUGCAUACCGCAACAUCCGCACCGAGCUGGCGGUGGACAAGAUGGUGACUUGUGUGGCGGUGGGCCUUCCCCUCCUACUCAUCUCGCUGGCUUUUGCUCAGGAGGUCUCAGUCGGCACUCAGAUCAGCUGCUUUGCGCCCACAAACUUCUCCUGGCGACAGGCGGCUUACGUUGACUCGUACUGCUGGGCCUCUGUGCACAUGCACACUCUCCCCCUGUGGCUGCACAAGUUCUUCCCCUACAUCCUGUUGCUGGUGGCGAUGCUGACGUACACGCCGGCGUUGUUUUGGAGAUUUUCUUCGGCGCCGCUCCUGCAGUCGGACCUUGGCUUCAUCAUGGAGGAGUUGGACCGCAGUUACAAUCGCGCUGUCACGCUGGCGAAGCGGAUGACCACCUCUGAAGUGCAGAGUGCCGACAGUGACCCCACUGAGGGCUGCUUCAACUACCCGCUGGUGGAGAAGUUCCUGAUGACCAAGAGGUGCUCGCGAGUGCUGCUCUUUCGCUACCUGCUGUGUCGCGGCCUGACUCUGGUCACGCUGCUUUGCGCCUGCCUCUACCUGGGCUACUACCUCCGCCUGGCGUCGCUCACCGACGACUUUGGCUGCACACUGAGGGUGGGCCUACUCGUCAACGACUCUACCGUCCCCGACAAGGUGCAGUGUAAGCUCAUCGCCGUGGGAGUCUUCACGCUGCUCAGUCUCGUCAACUUGAUCGUCUUUUCCGCGCUCCUCCCUGUGGUGAUCUAUGCCAGCGUCCGCCCCCUGUUCUGUCAAGGGUACGCCCACUUCCUGGAAACCUACCAAUCACUGCCCACGGUGAGCGUCCUGCCCACUCCCAGCGGCCAAUGGGACGACCUGUCUCUGUACGUGCUCUUCCUGGAGGAGAACAUCAGUGAGCUCAAGUCCUACAAGUACAUGAAGGUGCUGGAGCUGCUGAAGAAAGGGGGCGAAUGCUCCGGGGAGGGCUUUGACGCAAUGGGUCUGCUGCAGACGCUCUGCCUGGUCAAGAUGGACACCGUCGACGCUAGAAAAGCCGCCAAACCCGAUCGGCUCGCCAUGGAUGCAGAAAAGUCGUCCAAGAACAAAAUGACGAGCCCCAACCCAGCCGCUGACAAUAGGAUGGAAACUGAGAUGAAAGAGUUCACUCCCUUGCUGCCGGGCAACGGCGACGUGACGGGCAGCAAAACAAACAGGGAGGGCGGGGAUCUGCGGCAGCGAGCAAUGUGAUAGGCCGCACACGUCCCAGAAGAGGCGGAAUCCACUCCUACUUCACAUCCGGACUGACCAGUUUGUUGUCCUACGCGCCAACACUUCACGUUCUCACGACACAGACAAUGAUGAAGAAGUGAGCAAGACUCAGCUAAUUUGCAUGUUUCUAUACAGUAUAUGUGCAUGUGCAUGUGCAUGUGCGUGUGUGUGUGUGUGUGUGUGUGUGUGUUUGUGUGUGCAUAUGCGUGGGUGUGUGUGUGUGCGUGGGUGUGUUUUUACCUGUAUAAUAAAACAUCAUGCCAACAAAUCACUUCUCUAAAUUCCCGAAUGUGAACAAAACAUAUAGAAUACCCUCUCAAAGUAUGUAUUAUUUGUUUGCAUUCAAAAAAGAAUGGGUUGAAAUCAAUGUGGAAGUACCACUGCCCUCCUACUGAGACCCCAAAACUUUCAUGUGACUUUCUACAACCCACACAAUCGUCAAUGAACACGAUGUUAUCAUUUUUGCACUCUUUGUGACUUUAUGAGAUUGUUAAGAACCGUUCGAGACAGUGUCUAGGAUGUGUUAUGUGCUAAUAAUAAUAUUUGUACUCUGGGAACUUACUGGAAGUGUGUUUUCAUUGUGGUGUUUAAAAACAGUGGUAUUCAUUCAGGAUGGAUGCCGCCAAUCAAAUCCACCCAGUUUAGUAACACUCAAUCAAUCAAUCAAUCAAUGUUUACUUAUAUAGCCCUAAAUCACUAGUGUCUCAAAGGGCUGCACAAACCACUACGACAUCCUCGGUAGGCCCACAUAAGGGCAAGGAAAACUCACACCCAGUGGGACAUCGGUGACAAUAAUGACCCAGUGGGACGUCGGUGACAAUGAUGACUAUGAGAACAUGAUACUGUGAAAGAUCAAUCCAUAAUGGAUCCAACACAGUCGCGAGAGACCAGUCCAAAGCGGAUCCAACACAGCAGCGAGAGUCCCGUUCACAGCGGAGCCAGCAGGAAACCAUCCCAAGAGGAGGCUGAUCAGCAGCGCAGAGAUGUCCCCAGCCGAUACACAGGCGAGCAGUACAUGGCCACCGGAUCGGACCGGACACUGGGAUGAAAUGUGUCAUAGGAACAAAACAACAAAAAAGAGUUUUUUUUUUUUCUUUUUCUUGUUUUUUUUUUGUCUUUUCUCUCGGCCAUGAAUGUAGUUUUAUUGUACUUGUCUCAUGUACAUGUUUCGCUAAAAGUGGUACUUUUUCGCAUUAUGUCAGUGGGACAUCUUUUCUUGUUACAAAACAUAUUUGAUGAUGCACUUUUUAUUGUAUGUCCUGUGAAAAAUAAAGUUGCUGCUCUGCG